UGAACUUUGAUAUUUUGUUAGAAAGCAAAAUGUGUAUAACCUAGCCCCAGAUACAGUAGCAGUGAUAAACUCUAGGAGGAGAAGGUUUUUUAGAAGGGAUUCCUGAGGAGGGCGGGAUGGAGGAUUUAAAGAUUACAGAUGAAGAUCCAGGCAGACAAUUAUCAUCUCUUAGACCAAUAUCAUGGGCUCUAGGUCUCAGGCAGUUAGGGUCUAACCGAAGUCCUGGUGUAGUUAAAAGUUUAGAAGAAAUCGCCGAAAAUAAACUUAUUGAUAAAGGUUCCGAUCAUAGACAGGAGUUGCAAGAUCUUGGAAGAUGGGAGGAGGGUUUUCAAGUAAUAAACUGUCAAUUGGGGGGAACCACCAGGUCAACCUUCCUGAUGGUGUUCUCCCCGGACAGAACUCUCAUGGCCUCCACACAUGGGGACCAUAAUAUAUACGUCACGGAGACAAAGUCUGGUCGAUGUGUGCAGACUCUGAAAGGGCAUCCCCGGACCCCCUGGUGCAUUGAGUUCCAUCCAGCCCACAAGGGUAUAAUAGCUAGCGGUUGUCUGGGAGGUCAAGUUCGAGUUUGGGAUUUGUACGGAGGUUCAGAGGUUUGGUGUACAGAGGGGGUUGUUGCAAGUUUAACAUUUCAUCCCGUGGAAAAAUUUCUUGUGAUUGCAACCUUCAAUGAACUCCAUUUCUGGGAUUGGGAGAAACCCGAGCCUACUUUUAAGAUCUCGACGUUGAACGAGAAGGAAAAAGUGAGGUUUGUGAAGUUUGACCGGCUCGGCCACCAGCUCAUCACUGGGAUAGCAAAUCUUACAAAUACAAACCUUUUCAGACAGGGACCUCACAGGGUUGCUGGUUCCGGAGAUACACCUGGAGAAGAAGGAGUAGAUGGUCGAGGUGAUGGACAAGGAGAACCAGAUAUUCCAGAUAGAGUUCCUCUCAACAUGUCCAGCCAACGGUUAUACUCAGUUGUCAUGGAGAGGUAUGAGAGGUUAAUGCAUCGAUAUAUCCGAGAGCGGGAACUAGAUCCGCCGGAUUUAGUUCCGGCAGCUGAGCCGGAGGAACCGGAAGAAAAUCCGCCACUAAACUUGUCACCGGCGGAACUAAUGAUGCCAAGUUACAGACGGUACUCCCUACUCCUGGACAAUGAGAACCUUGAUGUACCAAGGAGACAGUUUCAAGACCAACCAAGGGUCCGUGGUGGUCCUGUCGGUCGAGCACAUCGUGCAACUACACGAGGACGGGACGGUCUCCCUCGAGUUCGACUUCGUCGAGUUCCAACAUUCAGAGAACCGGAAUUUGAGCCUCCGCCAACAACAAAUGAGUCGAGAGAAAGCUUUCGCCGUGAGUUGAGGCGGCGGAUGUUGGAGGCGCGUAGAGCCCGACGGAACGCCGACUAUGCCAGAUUGGUUCUUCAAGCUGCUGACGCUAGGAGAGAAGGGAGCCAUGCCAACAGCAGCAGCUUCCAGCACAGCAGCAGUUCAGAGUUUAUUCCUGUUCAAGAUACACCUAGUUCAGAGAGUAGUAUGGGUCGCCCUAGUAGAAUACUUGAUAUAGUCGGACCCCCGGAGCAGACGAGUGAUAUUGUAUCCUCCAAUCCUGGAUUUAAUAUCUCACACAACCCUGUAUUCUCCCUAGCUAGCACUGCUCCUGGAGCAACCUCCCAACCCACACCUAGUUUAUCAGACAUUGGAGAACAGGAUAUGGGAAGGAGUAGAGCUAAUGAAAGGAUGAGACGAAUUCUCCACUUGUCCCGUACUGGGGUAACUAUUCAUCCUAGACAACAGCAUACUAAUCAGGAUUCAUCCGAAGGCGUAGAUCAAGUUGAAAUGGAAGACCGGGAUGAGUUGGAGGCAAAUGAAAGGUUGGGCGAGGGAACGGCGGAUGUUAUUGGUGCGGCGAAUGUUCUGGUGGAUGAGGCAGGAGAUGUACGGAUGUCGCAUGAGGUCCAAAGAGUAACAAUAUCCUUGGGAGAUAAUCAUGACAGGGUUGAGAAUAACAAUAGUUCCAUGGAAACAGAAGUAAAUCCCAACAGUUCAGAUCCAACAGAUAUUCAGGAAACCACAAGAUCUUCCCAAGGAGACACCAUGUUGAUCAAUAAUAGAUACAGUGCACAGGAACAGGAAUCAACAAGAAUAAUACAGGAUAUACCUUCCAUGGAAGACAGGUUUGGUUUGGCGCCUAGAGAGGAGGGUCGGGAUAGUUCUGUAGAACAGUUUGGUCCUAGUUCUCGUAGGAUUGAUAUUCCUAUUGCAGAUAUGAGUCCUCCUGUGUCAUUGCCCCCGGUCAACCUUCUCACCCCCACACAGAUAGUAGAGAGGUUAGAGGCUAGGAGAGAGUGGAGGUUGGAGGCUAGAAGAGAAAACGCGAGGACAGCUGAAAUUCUCAGAUCUCCACUCCUUCACUGGGACUCCGGUAGGACUAACCUGCUCUACAAUGAAAACUCAAGAACUGAAAGGUCUAAUUCUCAAGAAGGAGGGAGAGCAACUGGUCAGGAGGGAGGGAGGGCAACCUCACAGGAGUCUCAAAGAUCGAGCAGAUAUCCUGGGAUAGGAUCGGAUGGUAUCAGAUCUCCAGGAUAUGGACUUGAGACAGGGAGAUCACCUACAGCUGGAUCAGAAGCUGGACGUUCCCCAGGUCGAUCUAUCGAUCAGAGCAGAUCGCCGGGACGAUCUCCAGGAAGGAGUUUUGAUCUAGAUAUCCUGGGUAUGAGGGGUAGGGUUAGCCGAGGUCGACGAUCAACUGCUGAUGCUCCUUCCUCCUCAAUCCUAUCAGACCGUUUGUCUGGGAUGCAGGCAGAGAUUGGUGAUAAUCCCUUUACAUCUCGUCCUCCCAGCUCCGCCAGUGAGAUAGAAAUUGAACUAACAUCAACACAGAAUUCCACAGUUUCUUCUCCCAAUGCCCGCCCCCUGACUGCCCGAGGCCGAUAUUCUGUAGAUGUUGAUCUAGGUAUCCUUGAUACAGGACGUAGUUCAGUUGAUACUCAGGGUAGACACUCCGCUGAUUCUGCUUACAGAAGAUCCUUCUCUAUUUCAAGUGAUAUUGGAGCACAGGGAGACCCUCCUCCACACCCUCCUACUCCAGCUGAUGUUAUUGCGGUGGAGACAGGAGAUGAUGAUUUUGCUAGUGAUUCAAGUUCCAGUAGACCUGGCUCCAGGCUUAACAGUAGUUCAGAUCGACCGGAAAGCCGACAAAACCUGGAUUCUCGACGACCACGUCUCUCGAUGUACACAUUUCCCUCACAUGACUCUAGAAACAGGAGAAGGAAUACUCUGGCGAGGUUAAUAGAAGAGGAGAAUGCUUAUGCCCUGACAGAAAACAGGCGUUCCUCUACAGCCACGCCCCUACCCACCUAUCCUCCUCUACCUACCUAUCCAGAUACCUUGAGUAGGGAGAGAGCAACCUCGGCUACAUCUGCUCUAGCUUCCCCUCUUCCUCCAUACACAGGGCGUAGUCCGAGGGGAGAUUCAGACUCCACGGAUGCUCCAGAGUUAGAUUUUAGAGAUAUCCCAGGUUUACCAAUCAAUCUUACAGAGCGUAACCAGCAAUUCAUUCAGGACGAGAUAUUUCAGAGAGAAAUUUCUACAACGGAACCUAGUAAUCCUCCAAACCUACUCCAAGACUCCCUGACCAGAACUAUACCCUGGGAGAAUAUAACUGACGAAAUAUCCCCAGAAGUUAUCACAGAUCCUAGUUCUACUUUACUAGCUGAUCCUGUAGUUGCAGAGGACAUGUCUACUGUUGGUAGUUCUACAAUAUCAGUAGACAGACCGGAUACUGAUCCUCUAGCCUUAGAUUCGGAGGAGGAGGAUUUAAUACAACCAAGGCUUGAAGUACGGGACACGUCAAAUACUAGUUUACUCACCGAUCCUGUCGUCAAUCCUCAAGAUGGUAAUAAUACUACUGCUCAAGUAACAAGGGAUAGUAAUGGAACUAGUGCCGAGAGUAGAGAAGCUUCGCGUCGGCAUAAUCUUGAUGUUUCUUUGCUCGCUCGCCAUAUUGAGCACAUGCAGCGGAUUUGCCGCGCUAGUUUAGAGGAUUUACCACAGUCCAGACAAAGACGACAGGUUAUCCGACUUCAAGGGAUUCGAAGAAUGCUGGAGGAUUUGCACAGACAAAUCAGAAAUUUACAGUCCACCGUACAGGGUGCAGUUGGAGCAGCAUCUUCUCCUGAAUCCGGAGCAGAAGCAGCAGCAGCAGCAGGAGCAGCACCUAUUCCUGCAGCUUCUACAUCUAGACGGUCAGAGUUCACCUCAGUCAGAACUAGGAGAAGAUCUGGUCAGCUGACGAAUCGGAAUCAGGGUGUACUAGCAAACCGGUCUAGGUUGACCCGCGCUCAGAGCGCUCUCUUCUCCAGGCUUCAUGCUACAGUCAGAGCAAUGGAACUCAGUCCAGACUUGUCAAGACGAGGAAUAUCCCCCGGCAAUGAGAGUUUAAUAGAAGCUACUCAGAGUGUACUUGAGAGCCAUGAACAGGCCCAGCUCAACAACCCCCUGGUUCAACGACGCAUUCGCACCACACCCCCUUCAUCCUCUUCCAGGAGCAGCAGCUUGUUGAGGAGCAGCAUAAUGCCGAGUAGAAGCUCUCUUAUCAGGAACCGACGUAGCUCCCAGUCCGCCAGAAGCGCCGGGACUCUGUUUUCCGCCAGCCAAGAUAUUGCAGAUCUGGCCAGGAAUGAUCUAAGAUCUAUGUCUCAAAGAUUAGAAAGAAUACUACGAGAACGAAGAGAGUCUAUAGAACGGAUUUCCAGAGCAGCGUUUACACAUAGAGAGGAAGCUGAUAGUGAGACAGAUCAACGACCUCUAGACCUUUCUGUACCUUCCAGGUCAGGUAGUCUGGAUCUAGGUUCACCACCAUCUCGUAUUAUUGUAUCUAGUAGUCCUUCAGAUAGUGAGGAUGAGAGAUUUCUUGUAGAUUCACAGACCCAGACCCGGAACUCUAUUCCUGGUUUAUCACGUGACUCCUGGUCCCGCAGUACUAUCAUGAAUAGUUCCCACUCAUCAACUAGGCUCGACUUAUUCAACGAUGAAGAUUUUUUCCAGCGACAGCAUAGACGAAUGAAUCCGCUUGUUGAACCCUUGGCAAGCAGUAGUUCUGGAUCAACUAGAGAAUACAGAGAACCUUUAGAUCCUAGAGAUCUUCAUGAUUCUAGAGAACCUAUAGAUCCUAGAGAUUCUAGAUCUAGAUCUUCUAGAUCUUCACUCUUCUCUAGUGAUUCAAGUCCAUUCUCUAGAGGUCCUAGGAGAUACCUGGACAGAAUCUACAGAAUGCGUACAGCUGAAAGAUUGCUUGAAAGAAGAUUCUUUAGAUCUCACGGACCUUCUACAGAAAGAUUGCCUCCUCUAAGUGAUCUGAUAUGGCGGAGGCUGCGUAGACGUAUUGGAACAGAUAAUGAGGACGAGGAGAGAGAAUAUACCGAGGAUAGGAGUAGGCACAGGGAGGCAAUAAGGGAAAUGGUUGAUCAACUCACAAUUGAUCAUGAUUCCGCUGAAGCAGAAUCUGGACUAGGAGCAGGAGAAGCAGGAGCUGGUGGAGGAGGAGAAGGAGGGUCGAGCAGGACAGUUUUAUAUUAUCCUUCAACAAACAGAAUGUAUCAGAGGCUCAAUAGGAUGCGGGAUAUUGCGCGCCUUGAAGAGCGGAGAGCGCAUAUGAGGGAGUUUCAUCCAAUGCAUCAUAUGCCAUCCUCGCAUCUCACUCAUAGAAUCCAGACUUGGGAUUUCUGGGGUGAAGGUAUUCCUGAUAUAUCCAGAGCAGACCAUAACGUGGUCGUCAAAGAAGCUAAAAUACACAAUGAUGCGAGCGUCGACAUUUCGGAGGAUGGCAAACUGUUGGUAACCCUGGCCCCCUGUAACCUACCAAUGACAACAGUUGUAGGACUGUAUAGCCUAGAGAAUAAAACCCAGACAACACCAAAC